GGCAUUUGUAUUCCCGGCUCACAGUAUUGGCGCGGUACUAGCGGGAUGGAAGUGUGUAAGCGUGUGAGUGGGGCGCGCGUGCGCGUGCUCAACUGAGAAGGGUGGACCUCAGCGCUCGUGCCUUUGCCCCCCCCCCCCCCGCCCGCUCGGCUAUUCUUGCCGGGUGUGCAGAAAGUCCUGGGGCGCUCUUGGUGUGCCCCGGGGAUUCUUCUGUCCGCCGUCACGGUGCGGGAUCGAAGGGGAGCCCGGGGGAAGGAUAUGCUAGCAGCUUGGGGGCCCCUUCUUGUUACCUCUCUCCAGCCAUGUGGUGCUUGCACUGUAACUCGGAGAGGACCCAGUCACUGCUGGAGCUGGAGCUUGACAGCUGUGUUGAAGGCGAAGCUCCUGGAAGCGAAACUGGCACAUCACUGGAUAGUCCAUCAGCUUAUCAUCAAGGAACUAUAACUCACAGUUCAGCUAUAAGCCCAGACCAUUACGACCAUUCUCCAUACGGGCUUUAUUCUGUCUCUUCUGGUCAGCAAAGGCCUCGGAGACCUAAGCUUCAGCAUUCAACAUCCAUACUGAGGAAACAAGCAGAAGAAGAAGCUAUUAAAAGGUCAAGGUCACUUUCAGAGAGCUAUGAACUCUCUUCUGACUUGCAGGAUAAGCAGGUUGAAAUGCUAGAACGGAAAUAUGGAGGCCGUCUCAUAACUAGACAUGCUGCUCGUACUAUACAGACUGCUUUUCGCCAGUAUCAGAUGAACAAAAACUUUGAGCGGCUAAGAAGUUCUAUGUCUGAAAAUCGUAUGUCAAGACGCAUUGUGCUGUCCAAUAUGAGAAUGCAGUUUUCAUUUGAAGGACCUGAGAAAGUCCACAGUUCCUAUUUUGAGGGGAAACAAGUUUCUGUCACAAAUGAUGGGUCAAAGUUAGGAGCCCUUGUCCAAUCUGAAUGUAGUGACCUUGGUGAAUCAGCUACAAUGAAAUCUCCGGCAGCAUCUACUGACUUUGCUGAUGCCAUAACGGAACUUGAGGAUGCUUUUUCAAGACAAGUGAAAUCUCUUGCAGAGUCAAUUGAUGAUGCCCUGAACUGUCGCAGCCUACAUUCUGAUGAGGUACAAAUACCUGAUCAAGUCAGAAGUCGUGAAAUAGAGAGGGACAGUUGUCAAGUUAAACCAACAAGCCAUAAUGUUGAUCAUAGAAAACUUGAUGAAAUGACUGCAUCAUAUAGUGAUGUUACAUUAUAUAUUGAUGAAGAAGAACUAUCCCCACCACUCCCCCUUUCCCAGUCUGUCGAUAGGCCAUCUAGCACAGAAUCUGACCUGAGGCUACGGUCAAUAAACCCAUCUCAAGAGUACUGGUCGAUGACACAUAAAGAUCAUAAGAUAGACACUGACACAAGCUGCAGAAGUACCCCUUCACUAGAAUCGCAGGAGCAAAGGAUGAGAAUGGAUCAUCUGCCUUUACUAACUAUAGAACCACCUAGUGACAGUUCAGUGGACUUAAGUGAUCGUUCAGAAAGAGGAUCAUUAAAGAGACAGAAUGCAUAUGACAGAGGCAUUACUAGUCAGCAAGGUAGUCCAAAACACAUCUCACAUGGUAUCCCUACGAAGAUAAUAUCACGAGAGGAGCAGGAAAGUAGACAUAGGCCAAGACCUAUUGAUAGCCAUUUGGCUAUUAAUGGCACAGCAAACAGGCAAAGCAAAUCUGAGUCUGAUUACUCUGAUGGUGACAAUGACAGCAUUAAUAGCACUUCCAAUUCCAAUGACACAAUAAACUGCAGCUCAGAAUCGUCUUCUCGAGAUAGCCUAAGGGAACAAACGUUGAGCAAGCAAACAUACCACAAAGAGACUCGGAAUAGCUGGGAUUCUCCUGCCUUCAGUAAUGACAUCAUCAGGAAGCGCCAUUAUAGGAUUGGACUGAACCUUUUUAAUAAAAAACCUGAAAAAGGAAUCCAGUACCUGAUUGAGAGAGGCUUUGUGCCAGAUACACCUGUUGGAGUUGCCCAUUUUCUUCUCCAGAGAAAAGGACUCAGCAGGCAGAUGAUCGGAGAGUUUCUCGGCAAUCGACAAAAGCAGUUUAACCGGGAUGUAUUGGACUGUGUAGUGGAUGAGAUGGACUUCUCAGCUAUGGAACUGGAUGAAGCACUCAGGAAAUUUCAAGCUCAUAUCCGUGUCCAAGGAGAGGCUCAGAAAGUAGAACGACUGAUUGAAGCUUUUAGCCAGAGAUACUGCAUUUGCAAUCCAGGCGUUGUGAGACAGUUCAGAAAUCCUGAUACCAUCUUCAUCCUGGCUUUUGCAAUCAUAUUAUUAAACACAGACAUGUAUAGUCCAAAUGUGAAACCAGAACGCAAAAUGAAGCUAGAAGAUUUUGUCAAGAAUCUAAGAGGUGUUGAUGAUGGUGAAGACAUCCCACGAGAGAUGCUUAUUGGAAUUUAUGAGAGAAUCCGAAAGCGGGAACUCAAGACAAAUGAGGAUCAUGUAUCUCAGGUGCAAAAGGUUGAAAAACUCAUUGUAGGAAAGAAACCGAUUGGAUCUCUACAUCAUGGACUUGGUUGUGUUCUCUCUCUACCACAUCGAAGACUUGUUUGCUACUGUAGACUGUUUGAAGUUCCAGAUCCAAACAAACCUCAGAAGCUUGGAUUGCACCAGCGAGAAAUAUUUUUGUUUAACGAUCUCCUUGUGGUCACCAAGAUCUUUCAGAAGAAAAAGAAUUCGGUCACCUACAGUUUUCGUCAGUCCUUUUCCCUAUAUGGAAUGCAGGUCCUCCUUUUUGAGAAUCAGUAUUAUCCAAAUGGCAUACGGCUCACAUCAGCUGUUCCAGGAGCAGACAUAAAAGUUCUGAUAAAUUUCAAUGCACCAAAUCCUCAGGAUAGAAAAAAAUUUACAGAUGAUCUGAGAGAAUCAGUUGCAGAGGUGCAAGAAAUGGAAAAGCACAGAAUAGAGUCUGAGCUAGAAAAACAGAAGGGUGUAGUGCGACCAAGUAUAUCUCAGUGUUCUAGCCUGAAAAAAGAGUCCGGCAAUGGAACAUUGAGCCGAGCCUGCCUUGAUGACAGCUAUGCCUCAGGGGAGGGACUUAAAAGGAGUGCACUCAGUAGCUCUCUUAGAGAUCUCUCUGAAGCAGGCAAGCGUGGGCGUCGCAGCAGUGCAGGAUCGCUAGACAGCAAUAUGGAAGGGUCCAUCAUUAGCAGUCCUCAUAUGCGCCGAAGAGCUACAUCAACCCGAGAGUGUCCAUCUCGCCCUCACCAGACUAUGCCUAAUUCUUCCUCACUACUAGGGUCCUUAUUUGGUAGUAAAAGGGGGAAGCCUUCCCAAGGCCAUCUAGCACCUGGCCCAUCACAGCAGCCUCAGCACCCCCCCAUAAUUUCACAUCAGCAACACUCACAGCAUUCUUCUGCAAUGCACCACUCAGGGUCAGUUGAAGGGCAGACCCAAGCACAAGUGCACACCCACCAUUCUCAGUAUUGUCAUAUGCAGAACCCACCCCCUUAUCAUCAUCACCACCAUUAUCACCCUCCCCAGCAUAUCCAGCACCCACACCAGUACCAUCACAUACCGCAUUCCCAGCAUAUAGCACAUUCCCAACAUUCUUACAUACCACACUCCCAUUCACAGCAUUCCCAUGCCCCCCAUCCUACAUUGCCCCCUCCUCACCCUGCACACUCUUCCCAUGCUUCACAUCACCAUGGUCAGCCAGUUCCCCCUUCUACUUCAGCCAGCACUAAGUCCAAACACAGUGGCAUCAGCACAAUAGUCUAGAACCAAACUACCCUGCAAAUAACUGUAGCUCUAGACCAGAGGUGGGGAACAGUGGCUCUCCAGAUGUGGCUCUCCAGCAUGGGGCUGGGGCUGAAGGGAGUUGUAGGCAAAAACAUCUGGAGAGCUACUGUUCCCUACCCGCUCUAGACAUAACUGUAAAGGCACUUACAGGAAGCAGAAGCAGCCUAUAAAACUGGAUUUUUUCUUUUUAAAAAAUCCAAGCCAGAAGAAACUUAUUUGACUCCUUUGGCCUUAAGGAUUCAAUAGAACAAUUUAUAUUAGCCUGAUCAAUGCUGGUCUUAUGGUUGAACUCAGUGGUAACCUUCUCCUUCCUUUUCUCCAGUAGCCUUGAAAAAUAUGCUGCUUGCUGAAAACGUUAAGCUACUUUUUUUUCAUCCCCAUGACAAUUUUAAAUGCAUAAUGAAAAUAUAACCAACUCAAAAUAAAAGAAAAAAAAUGAAAUAGAAUAAAGUGUUGCAUUCUUGCUCCUUAAUUGUCAAUGGGCAAAAACAGUAGACCUCAUAUGGUUGAUGAAAAUACGUAAGUAAACUUUAUAUAAUAUAAAUAUAUAAAUAUAUACAUAUAUAUAUAUACUGUAUAGUUAAUGUUUAUGCUUAGAACAAAACUUUUGCGAAGUUCACAAAGCUAGCAAUAUAUACUUUUCCAGGAAUUCCACUUACCGAUAGAAGGACAGUAUAAUAGAUGAACAGUGUGAGAAAGUGUAGACCAAAACUAGAACAAAUUCCAGGCAAUUCAGUGUUCUCAAUAAAAAGUUCUCUGGACUUGGAAAUAAAUCUUCAAGCAAUCACUGCAAAAUGUGCCAAGUACCAUAGCAUUUAGCUGUUGUAGUCCAAUGUUGCUUUGUAUAAAUCCUUAUUUUAUUAACAUGAUAAUAUACUUAGUAUUAUAACUGCUCUGCUAUUUCUGGUAAGCAAACUAGUUAAGACGCAGUAACUAUACAGUAGCAAAAUGAGGCAAGUUUAAUUGUGGUUGCCUCUAAAUUUUGGUUACUCGAAUUCUUAGACAUUUUAAAGGCUGUGAUAACUGUGAAACUUACACAAUCCACAUUUCUUUUAUAUUCAUAUAUAUUUUGAUAAAAUACACAUGAAGAAUUAAGUGAAAGGUACUUGCAUACGUCACAUAAACAUUCAUCUCAGACCUUAAAAUGAGACAUUCAUCCUUCUCAGCUGCAUUGCCUUUUUAACAUAACUUCCUCUGUUUAACCUAAUUAAAAUACACCGCAGUUCAGAUUUUUUCCCUAGAGAUAAGUGCUCUGAAACUUGAAGGUUUAUUUUAGUACUGAGUAUAGAUUUUUAUAACUGUAAUUCCAUGUAGCCAUGUGCUGGCGGCAGGAUUUCCUCACCAUUCUUCUCAUCACAUUUGUUAGUUUUUACCCAGCACUCAGCAGGCUGAGUCUAUGCUCAAACCGUCAUAGUCCAGUUAGUUGCAAGAUGUCACGUAAAAUCCAACUGUGCUGUUGUUGCUUAUGUGUUGUACUCAAGUCAUUUGCAAAUCCAUAUAAGAUUUUUUUAAAUUCCCAAAAUCUAUUUUCUGAAAAAAAAAUUAUACAUGGAGCAUACUUUGUAGUUUCAGCAUUUUGAACCACAUCAGUCACAAGGACUGUACAUCUAAAUGGCAGAAACAAAAGGAACCGCAGAACUGCACCAGCUGAAUUGUGGAUAUGGCUUAAAAGAAGAAGGAAAAAAUGUUCCAGUGAGAGAUGGGUAAAACAACAAUAUGUCUGUUGCUUCUGAAUGUAAACAUGAUGUGUGAAGAUUACUUUUCUGUACUGGAUUAAUCCUAGUACCUCCUGCUUAGUUUUUCUCCCCCUCUCCUUCAUACUGUGGAUUAUAAUACCAUGAGUACCAGCAAAACUAUAUACAAAGUAUUUUGUUAAUUUGCAUAAAGCAAAGAGAACCACCUAGAGUUUAGCCUUUUGUUUAAACGAGUCCUCUGUUUUCACGAAUGCAAUACUUUUCUGUUUGGUUUCCUAUAAAUUAAUUUCACAUUUAAUGAAAGUAAAUUUUAAUGAUCAUUCAGGCUGUUCUAAAUUGUGCAGUUUACCUUAUGAGGGCUAAUGCAGCCCCCCUGAGGCUCUGUUCCUUGCAGUUAAAAAACUCUUGUUCUUAUAAGGGAUAAUAGAACUGUCUGCAUGUCAUCUAAUGUUAAUAGUGUUGAGGCUACACUCUACGUAUUGUAUAUUUGCAAAAUAUAUCAGUGUUACUGUUGAUAUUAGUUGAAGUAAAGUGAUAACAUAUUUAAAUAUGUAAGCUUUUCUUCAGACCUUUGUACCGGUAGCAGAGUCUAACUGUAAUUUAUAAGUUGUUCCAGAAAAGAUGAGGCGGGGUGGGCAUUUUUCCCCGUCUUUAUUUUGCGUUAAAUAUUCUACAUAACAAGCUGAAGGCCACAUAACACUGAAUAGUCAUAUUAUUUUAUAUUUAGUGCAUUAAUAUCUGCAGCACCUAAUUUUUUAAAAAAUAUAUAUUUCCUAUCUGCUUAUACUACCUAUUCGGAUAGCAUAGAGAACUCCAUGAAAGAUUUUAAGCUUCUGUGCUGUUACAUCACCCAUGCUUACAUCAGAUUUUUACACGUGUACUUUGAUGCUCCGUAUACAUACACUAAGACUCAAAUUGUGUUGCAAAGUCUGUCUUCCUGUGUGUGUGUGUGUGUAGAACAUCUAAGAACAAUCCAAACAUAUCUUAAGAUUUCUUUUCCUAUUCUUUCUUUCUAUAAUUAUUUUAAACAGUUGCAUCCUUUUGUGAGCAUUUGUUUUCAGAAUUCCAUUGCUUUUUUGGGGGGAGCAAUCUGAUGUAUCAGACUACCUCCUAGACUGCCAGUAAGAAAUGAAAGUGAUCAUUAUCAGUGUCUAUGGCACAUUGUUGCAGAAAAUACAUUUUUCUAGCAUGGAGCAAAAAAGAUAUUGAACAGCUUUUGUUAGGAUUUUCUUAUUGAUUAAAAAUCAGCACAAAGCCCUAUUGAAUCAUGUGUCUCCCUUGUCAUUUAAUAGUGUGGCUAGGUGAAAGAAGCACUAACUAGCUUCACUAUUAAAUGAAGGAAAGACUACAAGACCUUGUGAAAAUAUCUUUUCUGGGACAAUAGUCAAAUAUGUAUUUGUUUUAAUCCUUUUAAGUUAAAAAUGAAAUGUACAACAAUGUAAAAAAAGUAAUCCUAAUAUAAUGUACAUGUCUUGUAUUGCUAAAAAGAAGUCUUCAAGCAUAACAUUGUAGAAUGAUUUUCCCAUCAAGCACUGCAUGCAGCAGAAGCCUCUUGUUUCUUGAUUUAAAAAUGAGCUGAGAUACAGUCAGCAGCUAUUUAAACAAUAACUCUCUACAUGUUGACUUGCUGUUCCAUAUAAAGCUGUGCAUUUUCUGCAGUUAAGCAUGCAUUUUGCUGUUUCCGUUGUAAAAUAUCAUCACUUCUUGCCUGCAAAAUGAAUAACUGUGUAUAUAACCGGGGGUGGGGGGAGGGAUGACCAAUAAUCAGAUGAAAAUUGAGGGAGGGAAAAGAGUAGUGGAAAGGACCAAGUGGGGGAAUAGCUAAUUCUUUAAAUUGUAUAUAGUGUGUAAAUUAGUAUUAAUAUAAGUCUGCAGUCAAUUUCAGGUCCAGUCCCCUGCUAGGAAAUUAAUCCAAGCUUUGACUUAUAUUAAACUGUUAUAAUUAGGUCUUGAAUGCAGACUGUUAAAAGACUUCAAGAAACAUCAUGCUCACAAGAAGCUUCUGUUCUGGGAGGCUCAAGACCCAUUUUGUAACUGUUGGGAAGAAAGGAGUGCUUUCAUUUUAAUAUGCAUUGUUUGUAAGUAGUAUCAGACCUUCCUUAUGGUUGUAAAACUAUAACUGUGAUUAUGUGGAAAAUCAAAUAAAUCACUUCCAACUCA